UCAAAGAGUUGUUUUUUUCGACCAUCGAGAAGAAACAACUAUUUUUAAAAUUAAUUAUUUUAUUUAUAACUCAGCCAUUUGUCGCAACCGUUAAGGGAGACUAACGUUACCUAGAUACUAAAUGUCAAGUAAUCGUGGAUAAAAAUGGUUCCCUAAAAUACUUUGUUUUCCUUGAGUGAGGCAAAAGUAACUUGGCAACCUGCUAAAAAAUUCACCCACGUAUUUAUGCAGUUUUUUAAGUAAAUAUGCUCAAGGGUUCAGUAUUCAGUUUGUUCUGACUCUCUUUAGAGAGCCCAUAUCUGACUACUUAAUUCGGUACGAUUGUACGCAAAGCUGCACAUUUCAGAUUAAAUAUUAACAUAAAAAAUAGAGCGAAAUAAAGGAAUUUAAUUUCUUAAUUCAUGAACUUUUCUUUCAAGCCGAGUGUGGGGCACGAAGAAUUAAUGAACGAAGGAAUUUUAAACUCAAUACAAUAAAUAAACACAGUGCAUAGAACAAAAAAAAAAAAUAGAAAACACUUCCAAGUUGAUAAAUAUACUCCCACUGCAGAAAAUAAGACCACGACUAGUAAGAUUCAGGAUAUGGGUCCUAAAAAAAUCCAACCGACGAAGGUCAUCGCCCAGGACAUUUUUAAAUUCACCGAAGACGAAUCUAUCUCCUACUCAACGUCAAGAGAGAACGUGAUUUCCGUCAUGAAUUGCAUCCACCGGGACUGCCUUGACGUUAAAAUAGUCCUUGAACAUUUGGAAAUAAAUGACUUUAUGGUCUUACCAUAUCCAACGAUCCACUCCACCUACGACGAGAGCAUGGAGGUGGAACUGAAAAUGGAAAAUUGUGUCUGUAUCGACACACUGGUGAAGAAUGCGGGACAGGUGUUGAAGGGGAAGUUUUUACUGUGUCGAACGAUAACCCCGUCGAGCAAGAUGGUCGGGGUGGACGCUGGUGUGGAGGAUGUCAAAGGAGAGAAAGCCAUGCGACUUGGCUUAUUCAAUUACUCUCUGAACGCUCAUAUGGGCAAGUCUGAUUUCGAGACGGUCCUCCCCUUGGGGACGGUGUUGAUUGUAAAGAAUCCCGUGUUUAAAAAGCCUACAAUCCUACUGCCUAUCUUCGGACUGAUUGUUGAGAAUCCGGCCGAUGUGGAGAUUCUAAGUCCAAAGAAAAUGGAAGCACUAUUUCCAGGUGUUCACUGGAAGUCAGAUCUGCCCCAGGAAUCUCGAGCCCUGUUCAACUCUCCACUCGUCUGGGAAUUUUCUCCGGAUCAAAGCGACCUUGAGAUUGCUACAAAAUUGAAGAAUGUGGGAAACAAGGCUUUCGUCGAGAAUAGGACAACCGACGCGAUCCGAUUUUACGACCUUGCUCUUGAAUACUUACCUUUGGAGGAGAACGAGGAGACGACUCCAGCAAUGUCCACACUCUUGGUGGACAUCUUGUCCAACAAGGCGGCCGCUUUGAUCAAACUAGAGUGUUUUAAUCCAGCUCUAAUUUGCACUGGAAAAGUCCUUGAGAUCAACAAUGCUCAUGUCAAGGCGAUCUACCGCCACGCCAAAGCUCUCAUUGGACUUGGACGGUAUCCUGAAUGUGGCGAAUUUCUGGACGAAAAGAUCAAUCAGCUCGGAGGAGAAGAGAAUAAUGAUAUUCUCAAAUUGAGAUCAAUAGUCGCUGAACUGGGAAAACCACCGGGAAAAGAUGUUAUCCGUGCUCUUCAUUUACCGGCCGGGAUGGUUGACCACAUCUCCGAAUUUUGGGGACCAAUUGAAUUCAGGAAGAGUAGCAUUGGCGAGGGAGGAGUCUUUGCCACGCAAGAUCUCGAAUCUGGAACCAUUCUCUUUGUUGGUAAACCCUUCGCCGGGGUGUUUGUUGAGUCACGGGAGAGGAUAACAUUUUCAUUAACCAGUACCCCCCACCAGUAUUUUGUCGGCGUUAUGGCAAACAAGAUCCGUCUGGAUCCCGAUCUUGGCCGUGACCUAUACACCCUCUGGGCUGGACCUGACCUCAAAUCUUUAACGGAUAAUGAGGAGGACCCCUUAAAAAAGGUGGACAUUGCUCGAAUCCGAAAUAUUUGUAACAUAAACUUCAGCGGACACUACUUUGAGGAGAAUUUAGAAACUUUCAUUUCUUGCGGUUUGUGGAUCCCCUUGUCGAAAAUAAUGCACAGCUGCAUUGAUGCCAACGUUAUGUAUCAUCAUCAUUAUUCCAGUCUUGUCAUGAUGAUCACUACUUUCAAAAAGGUGAAAAAAGGAGAAGAAAUUCUUACGAGCUAUCUUAACCCAUUGGAGCCGUUGGCUAGAAAAAAUUGUCUGGAAAGUCUUGAUGUUAUCUGCAAAUGUCGCCUAUGCGAACUGGAAAGAUCUGAAAGCCCUGAUGUGAUUAUGAGGAGAGAGGAAAUCCUCAAUGAUCUGGUAUCUUUCGGCAUCCCGACUUCCUACCCAGGCCAUUCCCAAGUGGUCGCUGAGGACUUUGUAGCAGUAGCAAUCGCCGAACUCGAAAGUCUUCAUUCGGCAUCGCCCGACCUGAAUUUGGCUUUGGUGGAUUCUCGAAUUCAUUCACUUGUCGCUGUCGAGUUGUUGGACCAAGGUCAUCAUUCGGUGUGUCUGCCCAUCUUGGAGAAAGCUUACGCCGUCCUCGAGAACGUCGCCCCCAGUCAUCAGCAUCCUGCUCUUGUCGCAAGCAUUUUGGUUUGUUGUAUGGAAUUGAACAAAGAAAAGGCAGUACUGACAAAAUGGGUGGACGAACUAAGGAAGCAUUGCCUUCUUUAUGCCGGCACUUUGGAUUAUGCCCAUCCAACUAUUCCGGAGAAGUUGAAAAAAUUUGGGAUCGAAUUCUUCACCGAUAACUAAUUGUGAAUAUGUAAUUGUGUGUAAUUAUUAAUUCAAGUUUUAUAAUAUUAUUUAUUUCUCCCUUGGUAUUUCUAUAUUUUCGAUCAUAUUACGAUUAAUUUUUGUGGUAAAAUUUCUUUUGAAAGGUACCAAAAAAAACUACCAGUUUUCUCUCCCCUUAAGUGAUUUUAUAAAAUACUUUCAAUUUUUCAUAAAGAUUGCAUGCAUGACCCUAAAAAAAUAGCAAUUGCUCGUUCGGUCUAUGCUAUGUGAAAAAACUUGUCUGGUCAGGCUCUGUACUAAGUUGAUGAUUUUAAUAUAAAACAAAUAUUUUAAUCGGAAUAAAUACCUAGGUAAGAAACUGUGAUAUAUGUAUAUAAGUUGACGCCUCCGUGUGUGCUUUCAAGUUACAUUUUGAAGGAUGUUAAUGCAUAAUUAGUGAGUAAAUAGUAAUAGCAAAGUGUACUAAAAAGAUUGUAUGGUUAAUUAAUAGGAUAGCUAGUAAUUUUAUGUGUAAAGUUGUAAUUAGUUAGGCUCGGGGUGUUACAAAAGAGUAGCCAGGAGUUGGGAAUUCGCUGCGAGUAGUGCGUUGCGUCCAGCUCGAGGUUGCCAAGGUGAAGCAGCGGUCAGCAGCAGCAGCAGAAGGAGUCAUCCAGUAGUAACGUAAGUCGUAGCAGUACAAGAUUUGGCUGUCCGAUCUUGGUUGUGUGUUGUUGGUUGGUUGUCCACCCUCAAUACAGAUAGGUAGUAUAUUAGAGUGGGGGGGGUUUUUCUCGUCCUUUUGGAAAUUAUAUCAGAAAAGGGCAGGUUUGUUUACUUUUCUCAGCUGAGGCAAGAUUUCUAGUAGUAGUUCUGGUCAAACUUAUCAAGUCAUUAUUCUCAGUAGUCAAAGCAGGGCUCGUCAGAUCUUGUCUCCUCCAAAGCACUUCGUCACGUUAAUUGGGGGUUUGAGUGGGAAUAAAUAAGGAGUUUAGUAAUUGUAAAA